CUUCAUUCAACCUUUCGGCCUCAGCUAACGCCAUGUUCGCCGUCGCGAGGGGAACUACCAUUCCUGGCAACCACAUGAAGAAAGCAGUGGAAUGGAAAAAUCGUGUACUAGAAGGAUUUAUCUUAGCGCUGGAGAUUUUCUACCUGCUGUUUCGAAUGGCCUUAGCAAUACUAGAAUCUGUUUAUGAACUGUUAUUGCCUCCAAAAGAGAAAAGUCUUGAAGGACAAAUAGCACUUGUGACUGGUUCUGGUCAUGGCAUUGGACAAGAAAUAGUCCGGAGGUUGGCAGCUGAAGGCUGUAUUGUAGUUGGAUGGGACAUAAACGAAGAAGGGAAUGCAGAAACAUAUAAAUUGGUUAAGGAAGAAGGAUUUGGGAGUAGAGUGCAUUUUUAUUCAUGUGACGUAACAAACAGAAAUGAUGUCCUGUUAACUGCAAAGAGGGUAGAGGAAGAUGUUGGAACUGUUUCACUUUUAAUUAACAAUGCUGGUGUAAUGAUAUGCAAGCCACUAUCUCAACAAAGUGCAAAGAAUAUUGAAAAUGUCUUUAACGUCAAUAUUAUCUCUCACUUUUGGACAUUGGAAGCAUUUCUUCCUAAAAUGAAAGAGAAAAAUUUUGGUCACAUCGUUGCAGUAUGCUCAGCAUGCGGUGUUGUAGGUCUUCCAUAUGCGGUUCCGUAUUCUGCCUCUAAGUUUGCAGUAAGAGGUUUAAUGGAAACUCUACAAGAAGAACUUAGAAUCAGCGAAAACAAUAGUUCAAUUAAGUUUACAACAGUGAAUCCAAUAAUGGUGGAUACUGGACUUGCAAAGAAGCCGAGAAACAGAUUCCCAUCUCUUGCCAAUAUUCUUACUGUGAAAGAAGUAGCGGAUUGCAUAAUUAAGGCGAUAAAACGUGAGCAGUCUGAGCUUUCUAUCCCAGGAUUUGUGAUGACUUUGGAUAGAUUUAUGAGAUUCUUUCCUAAGAAAGUUUACCAAUAUUCAAGAGAUUUCAUGGAUACGGGUGUUGAUCCAGAAUGAAACCGAGUUCCUUAAAUUGCCAAUUUAAUUGUGUUAAACCUUUCAUAGUAAAUUCUUAUUAUUAAGUUAAAUGUUUAUAGUUUUAUCAUAAAAAGAGUUCUUGUAAAUAAAUUUUAUUAAACUUUAAAAGACUGGGGUUAAUAGCAUUUGUAAAAAUUAUUUAAGUGCUUAGAGAUAAGAUUCAAAAUGAGUGUAGAACACUCGUAUGCAUUAAUUUUUAAAUUAAUUGUACUAUGUUAAAUUCUGUUGUAUCAUUGAUUGGAAUUAUUUUGAAGUAUUAGUUUAUAACAAUAUUUUAUACAACUAUAAUUAAACAAUAGGGGAUUGUUUUUACAAUAAUUUACAAUAUUCGUCAAAGAGCUCAAAGAGUAACAUUUAUGAUGUAAUUAUUUUCAAAUUCUCAAAAGACAUUAGUACUGUUAGAGAACCAAUUUAAAAUUUUUGUCAUUGACUAUAAACCUAUUUUAUCAUUCCCGAUAUAAAAAUAUUUUUAUUAGGUUUUUUUACAUUACAAACAAAAUAAAACUUUAGAUAUUUG